GAGUGGCCACAAGGACCGGGGAUAACUGCAGGGAAAAAUGGAACCAGCAGCUUUCAAAGGCGAAAGAGAUCCAUUCCCUGCAGCAAAAACACCAGAGAGGGACUGGCGGAGGGGGAAAGAUGCCACAGGCCGACCCUACACUGCAGAGAAUAAUAGAAACAUUCGAAAAAGACGCAGCAUUCAGAGGCAUCACUGGUGGAUUUGAGUCUGCAGUAACCACACCUAUAAAGGCUACAGCAGCAGUCUCCCUCCCUGUUACAUUACCUGAUCUGGCUGGUUGGACUCCUGUAAAUCAAGCUGCAGAUGUUGAUGUCGACUGCUCAGAUGCAGUGGUUGUGGCAACCUUUGAUCGUCAACCACACGAAACACACAUAGAGGGAGCCACAAUAAUUCUUGAUUCUCAACAGACGAUGACAGCCACUGCAAUGACUGCCCCAAAAUCUCCAGCCAAAAAGAAGGCCAAACUGUGCAAAGUCACUGGUGCCAGGAAAGCACAUGCGAAGGGUCUGCUGACAGACGCCAUGUGCCGACAGAAGACUCAGCAGGAUGUAUUUAACAUGCAGCUUGAGGUCCUUGAGGCAACUCUUGUUACGCAGAAGGCCACAACACGUACUCAGGAAGUUCUUCAGAAAGAGGCUGGCCUUCGAAUAGAAAAGCUACAGCUGGAGAUUGCUCUGCUGAAGGAAAAGGAGUUCUUGGGUCUGUCGGGCAUUGAACUGUAAAUUUAUGUGUAAAUAGUAUCUAU